AAAUUGGGAACAGCUGAAUGUGUUGUUUUGAGGAGUAGGGUAGAGCGAAGGUGUCCAUGCGGGGGGAAAGAGGGCCAAACAGUCAGGCGCAAAAUUUGAAAUUUUAAUUUCCUCUCGCCUAACAAAUGGGCCGGGAUUGAAUAAGUGGAUAAAGGGUUCGUUCCCGACUCAUGAGAGAAGUGAACAAGUGCUUUGUGCUUCUUGAACAAGUUAAUCUUUGUCCGGCUCAAUGUCCAUCAUGCCUGUUGUGUUUUGGCAGCCUUGCAAAAAAAGCGCCAGAAAUGAAUAAACAAACACUGCACUGGAACGUUCGUCCGUUGAUCUCAUCCCAUCUCAGUCUCACGUCUCCUACGAUCAUUCAGGAUUACCAGUAAGAUCGAGGAAGCAAGGUGAAAGACCUUGUCAAGAAGGAAAACACUAUCACCUGUCAGAACCUCACCUCUCUUCCAAGAUGGACUUCACAGUCCCACGAUAAGGAAUCGCAUCUUUUAUUCAACAUAUUUGGGAAGGCCGGAUGAUGGGGUUGAUGAGGCCAAAAGAGGUGGCAAGGACGCAAGAAAAACGGCAAAAAGGCCUCUUCAUCUCGUUGACUCGAAAGAAGACAAUUUGGGAGGAAACUUUUUUAUUCCGUUUUCUCCUCCCACUUACCCUACACCGCACAAUCCCUCUCAUGAUGGCCUCUUCAAUGGUGUCCGUUCACUCUCCAGCUUGACAUUUUGCAAUGCCAGCGACGAUUGAGUGAGCGUGGUUUUCAAGUGAUCCCUCCUUGUCAAGGGUCUGAUCUUCCACUCAGACUAGUCAAGUUUCAUAUGCUCCAAGGUCAACCAUUGCUUGAAUAUCAGUGAAAAGACAAUGGUGACAUGUUUUGCCACAAUAGUUCGUCGCGUAUGAAUAGGACUGAUUCGUCAAAUCUAUAUGCAGGUAUGCGGUUUCUAAGACACCGUUUACUUCAGAAGAAUUGAAUUGUUUGUUGGCACUUCGCAGUGAUGUGUUCCCAGUGAGAAAUGGACCAAAGUCUGUUAGUGCAACAAGAAUCAAGAGUUUGAGCGUUUGGUAGAGAAAGACUAAGAGAUUUGCCAGUCAGCCAAGCCACUUGCAGCCGGUCCCAUCCACAUUCACUCUGUGUAGUACAUACGUUGGCUCGACAAGUGAAUAAAGAAGCGUUCAUUGUGUUUGCCAAUGAAAAGAGCUUGCAGGCCUCCUGGUGUUCAAACUUUGAAUAAAUCAAGUUUUUCAUCUUCACAAAUCCGAUGGGCUCCAUUCCUAUUUGACAAGGACGAGAAUUAUGGGGGCCUGAACAAUUAUGAAGAGUGCGUCGGACCUUGGUUUCCUUGGGGGAUGAGGUAGCCUUGACUAAGCUGCGCUCAUUGUUGUGUGUACCUCCCAAUCCAAGUGUUUACAGAAGCCUUUCAGCAAAAUCUUAACCAGUAGUUUGAGGUGGCCUCAAUGGGCACCGCCCAGGAAGUUCUGUUUGGAAUAUGUGUGGAUUGAGGAGGCUUAUGAGAACUUUUCCGCCUUAUCUCCAGUGUCUUGCCAAGGUCUCAGGCUUUAUGAAUGUUCAAGUGGAGUUGAGGGAACUUUGGGGAGAGUGGAACUGAAGAGGGCGAGGCCUGGCUUCUACCACUACCAGACCACCACCACUACCACCACCACUACCACCACCAACACCACGAGGAAGGCCUCUAAUUGAUUAAAUGAGAAGCCACCAAAGCAAACCGAUGAGAAAGAGAGAUAAAAGUGAAACGCUCCGUUAGGCCACAAAAGCGUUACAACUACUUCCCUUUGAACUCCCAUCCCAAAGAGUCCCUGCACUAUGAGCAAUCCCCAGUCGUCGAGGGGAGAUUCGUUUACGUUUCCUCAGCAGUUACCAGCUGCUCGGGUACCAACUAUUGGCAAAUCCUACUUGUCUCAAACACAUUCCGAACCAUCCUCCUCAUCAUUUUGGGAUGAUAAGUCAAAUACUCGACGGCGUCAGGCCCCCUCAGCACUCUUAUCUUCUUCCAAUGCGGGAACUGCAGCAUCUAUUCCAAGUGCCCGAGGAACUACAUUGGCCAGUUCCUCGUCUUCAUUAUCAGAAGCAAGUUCCAAUGGGACGGUUAGCUCCACCGGAUCAUUGAUCUCAAGCCAAUCAGGCGAUUCCGUUGAAGAUGAUACGGAUGACGAGGUAGGCGAGGAUUCCGAAGCCCAAGCGCCCAAGAAUUGCUGUGUUGUGUUCAAGGAGGAGGAGGAUAUCGACUGUUCCUAUUGUAUCACUUGUUGGACAUGUCGUUGUUGUCGCCCCUCGAGAUGUUGCCGGAAGAAAGAAAGUGUACCAAGUGGUCGAACAGCCAUUGCUAUCAAUGAUCAUCAGGAGCGAACAUCUCAAUCAGAGUCCAGAGGAUGUUGUUCCACUGUGUGCCGCUCUAUCCAUAAUGUGAUUCAAAAAAUAAGUGAUACCAAAGCCUGUAUUUGUGAGCUCGUCGAGUUUCGAGAAAACGCUGAUCCCGAAGGACCCGGAUGCUGCGCCUUGCUAUUGGCGCUUGUUUCGAUUCUCCUGAUCAUCGCCACCCUCCCCUUCUCGUUGUGUAUGUGCAUCAAGGUUGUCCAGGAAUAUGAAAGAUCGGUCAUUUUUCGACUUGGUCGCCUUCGUAAAGGUGGUGCCAAAGGCCCUGGUAUCUUCUUCAUUAUUCCAUGCAUUGAUACGUACAGGAAAGUGGACCUCCGAACGGUCUCGUUUGAUGUUCCGCCCCAAGAAGUUUUAUCGCGUGACUCUGUGACUGUGACGGUAGAUGCAGUUGUCUACUAUCGGGUUUCAAACCCAACCAUGGCAACCAAUAACGUCGAGGAUUUCAGUCACUCUACUCAUCUUCUGGCUGCCACCACUUUGAGGAACGUUCUGGGAACCAAACAUUUGGCCGAGAUACUAAGUGAACGAGAGACCAUAAGCCAUGUUAUGGAACAGACCUUGGACGAGGCCACGGAUCCAUGGGGUGUCAAGGUGGAACGAGUCGAAAUAAAGGACGUGCGGCUUCCAGUCCAACUUCAAAGAGCCAUGGCGGCUGAGGCUGAAGCAGCUAGAGAAGCCAGAGCUAAGGUUAUUGCGGCCGAGGGAGAACAAAAAGCCUCUCGAGCUUUAAGGGAAGCCUCUGAUGUGAUUUCUGAAAGCCCAUCAGCACUUCAACUCCGCUAUCUUCAAACUCUGAACACGAUAUCAGCCGAGAAGAACUCUACGAUCAUCUUUCCCGUUCCAUUGGAUAUCAUCUCUCAUUUCUUCACGGGCGGAAAGAAACAAGCCUGAACGCCCCCAAGGCACCACCCUUUAAGGCAAAGAGAAAGCGUACUCAUCACGCCCAACUAACAAAUCAUCACACUAUGAAUGUUCCAAUGUUCUGGCCUUUUGCCACUCAAUAAUCAUUAGUUUCAUUGGUUUUCGUGUCUGUAGAUGCAAAAUACAAAUGCCUCUUGGGCUUGCACUUAA